UAGCGGUCACGAAUCAAAAAUCGAUUCAUUUGAAAAGUUGGCCAACUUAGCAACUAAUCAAUUUAAAACUUUAGAUGAUCAUCUAAAAAAUGUAAAAGCUAUUAGCAAAGCUGUUAAAGAUUAUUAA